CUUUUAUUUGACCUUUUUUUCCUAACAUUCUCCUCCUUUUCCUUUUUUCCUUCUCCUGUACCAUAUCUUUCAUAUUUUUUUCUGUUCCCUCUUCCUCCUUUUCUUGAUUAUUCUUUUUCCGUGUUUCUUAUUAUCAUCAUUCCCUUCUUCAUACUCUUUUCCAUUUUCCUUCGGUUAUCUAUCCCACAGCUUCCUUUGUGUCUUUCAUUGUUUACUCUCCCUCAUCAAUUCUUCACAUCUUCCUUUUCCUCCCUAAUUCUUCCUCCUCUCCCCUUUCUCAUCCCUCUCUUCUCCCUUUCUCUACCUUUAUUCCCUCCUCUUUCUCUUCUUUAUUCUUCCCUUUACCUUUCCUUUCUCCUCCUCCUCCUCCUCCUUCUUCUUCUUAUCUUCCCUACCCUCCUUGCGUGUGCUUAUAAUUCUUCCCUAUUUUCUCCCCCACCCCAUAUAUUCUACUUUUCUUCUUUUUCCUACUUGCUUUUUUUUUAUUCUGUUUCUAGUGUCUUUUUCCUUAUCCUGUUUCUGUUUAUAUCUUCCCUUUUCAAUCUCCUACUCUUUUUACCUUCUUGUUCCUCAUUAUUCUCUUCUCUUUCAAUUCUUCUCUAUCCUCUUUAUACCUCUUCCUGUUUUUUUCCUCUUCUGCCUCCUUUCAAUCCCAUUAACUUACUUAGUUUCUGUCUUUCUCUUACACUUCUUUUUUCCUGUCUUACUUCCUCCUUCAAUUCCUCUUUCUCUCUGUUCCCUCUCUUUCCUCUUUCCUUCAUCCUCCCUUUCUUCUCUUCUUUCCUUAUUGUACUUUCUAUUUAUGGUCUCCUGCUAUUAUCCUUCUUAAACCUUUCAUAUCUCAUUCUCUCUUUCUUCCUCUUCUUCUCUUCUACCAUAUUUUCGUCACCUUCCUUCCUUCUCUCUUAUUCUUUCUUAUCCUCUUCCUUUUUAUUUUUCUCUCACUUGUCUUCAUCUGUUUCUUCUUCCUCAUUCUUUCCUUCGUCCUAAUUAUACUGUUUCUUCCCAACCCAAUUUCACUUUCUUUUAUAUCUUUUUUCCUUUUUCCCUUCUUUGUCUUGUCUUCAAUCUUUCUCUUUCUUCUGCCCAUUUACUUAAUCCUCUUUCUCUUUUUCCAUUCUUAUUCUUCGUUAGUUUCCUCUUCUUCAUCUUUUUGCUCCUGUUCCUCUUCGUUUUCUAUUCCUUUUGCUCAUUUUCUUCUAUCUCCUUCCCCUUCUCGUAGACCUUUCAAUCUUUCUCUUCAACCUAGUCUCCCCAUGCCUCUCUUUUUAUUCUUUCUUCUCACCCAUUUCUUCCCAGUAAACAUUUUUUUUCUGUUCUCUCUUCUUCUGCCUUCUCUUCCUCUGAUUCCAUUUCCCCCGUUUUUCUUUUUCUUUUUUUGUCAUCUCCCAUUUCUCAUUUUUUUGUUCUACCGUUUUUUGCUUCUCAUAAUUUUUUUUUUCUUCUCUUAUUCUCUCAACUCAGUUCCUCAUUUCCCCUCAUUUAUAAUAAUUUUCUCUUUCAUUCCUUCUUUCCUCCUCCACCUUAUUGCCUACUUCCUCUUCCUUUCAUCUUUCACACUUUCCGCCUUGUUCUCCUUCACCUCCUCUUCCUUCUUUCAUUCUUCCUUUUGCUUUCCUUCUCCUUCAAACCAUUCCCAGUUUUCUUUUCUCAACUUUUUCUUCCUUUUUUCCCCUCUUCAGUCGUCCACAUAUUGUCCUCUCUUCUUACUUUUAUUUUUCUUUCAUUUCAUUAUCUACAUUCUUAUCCUCUUUUCAGAUUUCCUUAUUUUCAGUUUUCCCUCUUUUUUUACUCUUCUCUGGUUCUUCUUUAUCUUCCCUUUCAUUCUUUCCUUCUUUCUUCCCUCUUCUCUUAUUCUCCUUUCAUUUUGAUCAAAACUCCAUUUCCUCUUUACGUCUUUCUUCCUUCGCCUUUGCUACUUUCUCAUCUUCUUUCAUUUCAUCUUCCUUUUCCUCUCUCUUUCUUCUUCCUUCUCUUUCUUAUUUCAUUCUUCCUUACACUCUAAUUUCUCAUUUUUAUCUCUGUCUUUGUUUUUCCCUUUUCCUAAUGCUUCUCUCCCGUUUCCCAUCUUUCUUCAAUUUAGGCUUUUUCUUUCUCUCUCCCCAUUUCUCUGUGUUCUGCUCUUAAUCAUAAUCCUCAUUUCCCACCAUCCUUUUCUUUCUUCUCUUUCAGCCUCCCAGCUCUCUUCAUUCUUGCCUAUCCAUCGUUCUUCUUUUACUCUCUUCUCUUCUUUCUCAUUCUCCUUUCUCUUCUUUCAAUUGUAUAUGGUCUCUUCGUUCGUGUUUUCAUGGCUUCUCAUUAUUCUUAACAUAUUUCCUUCAUACCUCUUCACCCAUAAACAUCUUUCCUCCCUUCACGUCCUCUUUUCAUUCCUUUCUUUCAUUUUUUCUUUUCUUUUCUUUCCCCUUGCUUCCUUACCGUCCUCCAGUCUUCCUCACCUAACAUUCUCUUCAUCUUUCCCUCCUUAAUUUUCGUAAUUACUUUUAUCUUGUCUUUCUCCCUCUCUCUGUUUCUUAAUUUCAUUCUUUAAUCCUCCUCUUUUUUCUACUCCUCUUUCUCCCUCUUCUCCCUUUCUUUCUCCUCAUUCUCCUUUACUUCAUUUCUUGCCCUUCCGCGUCUUUUUCUCUAAUCUUUUCAUAUGUCUUUUCCCAUUUCUUCCUUCAGUUCCUCGUCUUCUUUAUCCCCUUUAUCUGUUUCCUUUAGUCUCGCCUU